AGUCAAAAGCAGAAGUGAAAGACACAGCGAAGCCUAGAGUGCCCGAUCUCCCCUUACACUCGGAUCCCAGCAGAGCCACAGGGAGGGUGCGGAGCCAUGGAGCCCCUCUCUUUCCAGCAGUACAUCUUGUCCCUGGACAUUGCAUCCCUGCCCAGGGUGCUGAAGGUUUGUUCCGGGGUGUACUUCCAAGGGUCUGUGUACGAGAUGGGCGGCAGAGAGUGCUGCUUAUCAACGGGGGACCUGGUAAAAAUUACUGGCCUUCGCCUGCAGAAGAUCACCUGUGAGGAUCCAGAGACUGGGCAAGCAACAGAGCUGCCUCUGAACUUCAAAGGGCAUUUCCAGCCCAGCCGAGACAAGCUGUCAUACAUGAGCCUGAGGAAGCUCGCCAGGAGCAGGCCAGCAGGGCUCCAGGACAUGCCCUUCGCCUUCGCCUCAGCAGUUGACUUGACCGUGGAUGGGCAGUUCAUUCCCAAGGGCCAGCCCAUUUCCCUGCUUUCAGUGGCCAGGCAUGAGGGCCAGGAGUUUGCCAACUGCACAACCACGGGGCAGGACGGGCAGCGUUCGUUCUGCCUCCCCUUCUCCUUCCAGGGCCAGUUCUGCGAGUGCAGCAAGCAGCCGAGCUACACGCUGAGCCAGGUACUGGAGUCGGAAGCCCUGAGGGGCCAGCGGCUGAAAUGCUCUGCCCUCGGCAGGCACUCACUGCUCCUCUGCCCCAUGUACGAGGUGCAGGCGAUAAUGCACAUGCGGAAGGAGGUGGUGAAAAUCCCUUCCACCCUGGAAGUGGAUGUGGAGGAUGUCACUGAGGAGUCUCAACACAUCCACUUCAUCAAGCCGCUGAUGCUGAGUGAGGUCCUGGGGCUGGAGGGGGCCUUCCCCAUGCAGGCCGAAAUCCUGGAGGGUCCUGAGAACCCGCCUAUCUUCGAGAAUGACUGGAUUCCCCGCCUGCAGAAGGGGCAGAAGAUCCAAAUCCAUGGCAAGUGCUGUGCCUGGAGGAUUCUCGCCUCGUCCAGCAAGGGCAGGAGGGGCUCCCGGCACUUCCUGCUCUCCAGCACCUACCAGGGCAAAUUUCGAAGACGCCCCCGGGAGUUCCCCACAGUCUUUGACCUGACAACGAGUCUGGGGAUGGGUAAGUGCCUGCGGGUGGUGGUGACUAAAGACUGUGAGAGCGCCGAGGAGGAUCUGCCAUCUCUCAGCAUGGGGGACCGGCUGGAGGUGCUGCAGCUGGCCAAGACCCAGGUCCGCAGGCAGGCAGAACACAAGUCCAUCGAUGUCCUCCUGUGCAGCAGGAGCAGCGGCGAGGACGAGGAGAGCGAGGAGCUCAUGCUGCCACUGCACCUGGAAGGCGGCUUUGUGGAAGAGGUCAGCGACAGCAGGAGAUACAGCCUCCCCGAGAUAGUGGAGCAGCUUCAGCUGCCCUGCGAGGUCAAGGUGACAACCAAGGAUUCUUCCCUUGCCAAUGACGUCCUGGGCUCUUUCUCCGCUCUGCGGCUGGAAGCGCAAAUCACUGAGCCCUUCUUAGUGACCAGCUUGUGCGAGGCGCCGUCAGUGAGCUUCCAGAUCCCCCCUCAGUGGCUGGACAUGGCCCUGUUCUUCACAGAGGAGCCUGCCCCGCCGCAGACACCCCUGACAGACAGGUCAAAAGUCGAAGAGCUGACAGAAUCCUUUUAUUAUCAUUUGCUAAAGCUGAUGCCUAGCAAUGAGGCUCCCCCACCGCGGCCCCCCAAAAGAAAGGAGUUCAGGGACAAAGCAGGGACCCAGCUACCUGGAGCCAAAGAGGUCACUGAGAAACCAAAGCCACUGCCCCCUUUGUCCAAGUCAAAGGGCAUACCCGAGGAGUCUGUGCCGCCAUCCUCCAAGCCUAGGAAUGCGAGGAGUCGGCCGAUUGUCCGGAGCUCCCCGAAUGAGUACUCGCUACAUCACACUGGCUCGCAGAUGGCCCCUAAGCCUACUAAACCCUUCAAAGAGGCCAGAGAUGCAAAUGUCAGCGAGGAUUCUGACCACGACUAUGAACUAAUUGAUGAAGACCUUAUAAAAACAAUUGAUAAAAUGCAGAAGGCUGUUCUUCACUACUAGGACUCCAGCCCACAGGACAUGAAAAGAUGCCGGCCUACGCCAAAGCCACUUCCAGCUCUUCAACUCAGAGAUGAGCACUCACAAAAGCUAAAUGCAGCACUGAGUCCUAUGAAGUGGCUUCCAACUGCCCUCUCUGGUGCAGCCUGAAGAGACAGCUGGGUUCCAGCAGUCACUGCUCCAUUGUGCUGCAAGCAAGCAAGCCUGCACAUUCAGAGACCUGCCCUGUCCUCUAUGUACGAAAGCAGAGGGCUGGUGUUAUUGGUCCUAUGGUAAGCUGAGUGCUGUCCUUAGCUGUGUAGUUUGGAACCAGGGUUGCUGGAACAAUUUGUACAGUGGGGGUGCUGAGAGCCAUUGAAUCAAACUGUAAAUCCUGUUUAUGAUGGAAAACACUUGUUCUUACCCCUGUAUAAACCUGUACACCCCACUGUAAACUUCUGGGAUGGGGUGCUGGCGCUAGAGCUCUCUUUCUGCAUUUAUACUUGAUCUGAAUCACCUUGAUUCAGAACUGUAAGGGGCUGGAAACGUGUCACCCCUGGAGCCUCCCCUGAACGCACUCACACCCUGAGCAGGCCCAUAGGCAGCCAUCUACCAGGAGGUGGGGCAGCGCUUGAGUGAUCUUUCACCCUCACUGCAUGGAUAACAAAGAACACUUUUCUGCAGCUGCUGCAUGCUGUUCUGAGUGUGGUUUAAUAUUGUAGGUCAUCGAGGCCGGCCAAAGCUUUCAACCCUGUGUGCCUAAAGUUAGACUCAAUAGAAGCAGCUUCAUUAUGGAAGGUGCUGAGCAGCUCUCACUGCUGUCAGUGGGAUUUGUGGGGACAUGACCCUGCUGAAAAUUGGGCGACUUUGUUUUGGUGCCUCACUAUUGAUUUAGAAACCUAACUUUAGGCAUCCAGGUUUGGCAAUGUAAGCCUCAGAAUAUCUCCUGGAUGAGAAUCAGUGCAGCUGCCAGCAUGCAGUGACCUGGGUUAGUUAGGGAUUGUUUAGCAUAUUUUGUACAGUGCAGUGCUGGCUACAGCUGGGACCCACACAAAUUACUCACACAUUUACAUAAUCGGAGAGGUUGCCCUGGCUCUCUGAGGACACAACUCAAACACCAAGGCACUACGGAGAAACACUUCCAGGGGCUGGAAUUAACAGACACUCUACAGCUCCAGCUGAACUCAUUUCUCCUUUUGCGAACGCUGUAAAAAGCUGCAGUUGUGAACCCCCUCCCCCAUUAUUUUCAGUGAUUUGGUUUGUCUCAGCCAUUUUUAGACAGCCAGAGGCUACAUCUUUGCUCACAGCUGGAGACAACUGGUGCUAAUGUUCCACCUGUCCUUCAGCUCACAGGGUACCUCGUGCUUGUGAGCAGGCCCGUUGCCCUGUCUUCCUUUGGCAUGCCCAGUGUGAUGCUUGUGAAUGACCCUGCUGCGCCCUUGGUCUUUGGCUCUCAUUUAUAAGGUGGCAAAAAACACAAUAAAAAGUGUCACAAUAAAAGCCCAGCAGUUUUAUUUAAAGUUUGGAAAAAUAUCUUGAAGCCUCAGGAUCAAUAUUCUCUAUGCAACAAAAUGCAUCUGUCACAAGGCAGAGGGAAGAGAAAUAAUUGGAUGGCUUGUUUGAUUUUAAUGGUGUAAAACUUUAGGUUAUUCAACGGUAGCAUCAUGCAGUGCAAGAGAGCACUUCCCCACCUUCCACAUCCCCCUGAAAUCUGGGCACAAUGCAGGCAUGACAGGCUUAGUGGAAGAAAGGCUGGAAGACACCUGCUGACUGCUUUGAGGAACAGGUAGAAAUAGAAAUCUAAAGAGAUCUGAAACCUAACCCCUCCACCUGACUGAAAGCAAGGCCCUUUUGCUACUCAUCCAGCCAAAGGGAGGAUUAUACUCUGUAGUGUGACUUUAACAAUAUCAUCAUCAUCAUCGAGCUCCACAUUUAUUCUUGUCUACUCUCCAGCAAGUCUAUGAACGCAUACUGGGAUCUGGGGCUAGGUGAUGGGGCAGAGGAUCUUGGAGCCCAGGCUCUAGCCCAAGCCCAGAUUUUUAGCUCAACAGUCCAAGCCGUGAGCCCGAGUUGGCUGAGUCUCAGCACUGUGGGUUUUUUAUUGCAGUACAGACAUAUGAAAGUCAAGUUAGUGCAUCACUAGAUUCCAUACCCCAAAAGCUGCCAGUUAUACCUGUACAUCACUUGUCCUCAAAACUAUACCCUUGGCUACGCCUCUGCAGCUACAAUAACCUGAGUAGAAUAUUGCAUGCAGUGGGCUUGCACAGGUGUAACUGAGAGCAGAAUCUGAAGACACUAGAGGGCAAAGCCAGUUCUGUUGAUGUGUGAACAAGGAAGAAUCCAGCUCCCGAAGCUGGACAGCUUCUGCGGUGCCAAAAGAACAGUAAAAUCUUGCUCUCGUUUACAUACAAAAGGCCUACAUUGAAAACAUGAACACUGCAAACUGAAGCAACUGAAAUGUAGAACUGCCAGAUUUAAGGUUGCCAAUUACAACCCAGGUUCAAUCAUGAUAGUCUGUAAUACAUGAACACAUGCCCCCACCCUUUUUUUUUUUUGGUCACAGGACCCCUGCUUCAUUCAGUGCUCAGGACAGAUGUUGCUCAGAGACUCAAUCAGGGUUGUGUAGUGAAGGACGCUAUUAUCUAUAGGAUCCCAGCCUUGUUUGUUGCAGAAGUUGGAAGGUGGGUAGUAGCAAAUGAGACAGGGGACUCAUAGUUACAGCAGCUGAAUGCUACCCUGGAAAAUGAUUCCAUUCCCGCCUCCACCAGAUAGCUCUUCCUGAUGCUGGGCAAGUCAUUGAAACCAAACUUCUCCCAGAGGGUCACUAUGUGUUCCUCACGUUCUGGGUGCCCAACAUGAGAUAUAUGGGCCCUGACAAGCACUCAUUUUUGCUACUGAAGUCACGGGGAAGCUGUGAAUACACAAAGUGCUGAAAAACAAGAAAAAUCAGGCCCUGUGGAAAAAAAAUAUGAAACGGUCACAGAAAUAGUUCUGAUGAUGCAUAAGCACCAGGGGGCUCAAGCAGAGUUUAUAUAGGCAACCUUAAUUCUGGCAUUUCCUAAAUAUUAGUGCUUUAUUUUUAUUUUUAAAGUAGGAUUUUUUUUUUUA